GUGGGAGGUGCCCAAGGGAAGCCCGGCCAUGGCACUCCGGCUCCGGCCUGCUCGCCAUGGUGGCCACGGGGCACAGGUUGGAGUGGAACUUGCAGGGCCCUUCCGAGCCCGGGCAUUCUGUGAUUUGUGACAUCACAGCCUCUGGGGACAGCAGGGUGGCUGGCAAGUGCCCCCAGCCGUUCCGUGCCCAGAGCCCCUGCAGACCUCAGUGUGCAGAGACGUCCAGAGCCUGUGUGGUGGUGGCAGCUCCUCCUGCGCACCACCAUGGCUGGCCAGGGCGGCUCCUGGAUGCUGCAGGUGUACCUGCUGGCGCUCCUGGUCCAUCCCCUCGACCCCUCCAGCCGUCCUGAGCGGGGCACCUCGGGCCUGCUUCCCGAGGAGCUGGAGCUGCAGGACACGGCCAAUGAGGCCGGCCCGUGGGGGGACCUGGCGCUGCUGUUCUGGACCUGCUUCCUGGGAGACGUGCUGGUCGCGGGCGUCGUCCUGGGCUGCUGCUGCCUCGGCAGAAGGUUCUGGAGACGCCGCAGAAAGGAGCAGAGCCGGGACCAUUCGGGCCGUGCCGGAGCCCGCUGCCGCUGCUGCCGGGGCCGCGGCUGCCCCACGACGCUGAUGCAGCUGCUGAGGCAGAACCGCGCCCUGCUGCAGCUGUGCCUGAACCACCCGCCCCGCAGGGCCCCGGGCCGAGGGAGAAGCGCCGGGGCCGUCGGAGAGAGGAGAGUCCGGUCCCACUCAGCGCCGAGUUCCACCGCGGCGCGGAGCUCCGGGGCAUGUGUGACCAGCGGCAUCCCCAUCUCCAGAGCUGGAGACACCCCAGCCUCAGUCCACCGUUUCCCGACACCUCUCCCAAAAGAAACUGACAUUUCCUUUAGUAUUCCCCUUCUAGAAGUUCAAGUAGUUUAG